AUACUUCAGCUUUCGGCCAGGGGUUUUUGGCGAACAGUCGACAGUCAAGUGGCUUCAGUGAUCGCACGCCCUCAUUAAUUAGCCCUGCCGGUAGAUCGAAAGAUCGCUCACCAGAAAGCAGAAUUUAAUCAUAAGAAUCGAUCGAUCGUCUGGUGAUCGUGCUGCUCCAAGAUAGCCGGAGGUGGCGAGCGUGAGGGUGUGAAACUACGUCCCGUAAGUGACGGUGGCCGGCGAAGAAAACAAACUCCAAGACACGCACUGCGCUGAAUGCAAGCUUUCUUUUGAAGUGUUUGUUUCGCCAAUCACAGUCGAUACAGGUGGCACACUAUAGGCGCACACGGUUUGGCUUCUUGCAAGCUUCAAAUGGGGAGCUUCGGAGCUUUGCUGCUUACUUUGACACUGAUCAUCGGCCCGUUGGCGCACGGUGCCAAGCUGGGCAAUGGAGUGUGCAAAAAUUGCAAAAAUAAAAAUGAAGCUGCCAACAGCCAACGGUUAAUAGCGAGCCCAAUUAAUCUGCUCAAUCCCGACCGCUACGAGUUCUUCACGCUGGACGAUAAGGGCAAGGUGGUGAAGCGCAUUAUGACGUUCAAGGAGAUACAGAGCAUCGUGGCCGGCAGCGACAUUACCGAGCUGAAGCUGUUUGCCAACAAAAACAACAACGAUCGCAUCGUAUCUAGCGUCGUCUCGAACGUUAGAAACGUUCUGAACAAUGAACUGAAUCUCUUGAACGGGCAUGAUGCGAUCGACACAGCCGAACAGCAGCAGAUGCCCAUCUCGGACGUGAUCAAUUCACCGCACGAUCCCCCAGGUGGUACCUCCACCAUGUACGAUGUGUUGCACAAGCUGGGUGAAAAUUUGGUAACGUUUAAGCCGGAAAGGACCACGACAGCACGCCCAUCGGUGACUCCGGAGCGUACGACGACGACAACCACGACCACAACGACCACAACGACCGCUACUCCUCCACCGGAAGAUCUAACUACACGCUGGAUUUUAAGAACGACACCUAAACCGUUCACUACCACGGCACAGCAGGUAACUGAACGAGCAACACACUCGACAACGACAAGACCGAGGAUAAGCUCAACGGAACGUACCACCACGGCACGGUCCACCGUUCGUCCCGUGGAGACGACAACAAAACAGAGAACUACCACCACUGUACACGCCACGGAACGACCCACGACCACCGAAAGACCGAGUGUAAGAUCUACGGAAAAACCAGCCGUUUUCAAGACGACGACCCUGCCAUCCACGACAGUACCAACCACACGCAGAACUACAACGGAACGGCCAACGACGACCACGACGACCACGGCGGCAGCCACCACGACCACCACGGCAGCCACCACGACCACCACGGCGACAACUACGACUACUGCUAAACCGAUAAAACAAUCGACUGUUGGUCGUCCAUCCACAACCACCAUCACCACUGCCUCCAACCCUAUUACGGAAGCGCCAAUGCUAAAGUGGUCUGCCUCAUCGCUAGCCUCCGUACGAUCGACAGAAACACCCGCACUGAAACCGUCUACAACGACGACAACCACAACGGAACCACCGGCAAUGUUGAAACAGGCACACCCAUUAACGGUUACAAUCCGUUCCACCGAUGCACCGACGACCAGGACAUCUACGACUCAAUCCACGACUGAGUCAUCGAGCACAAAAAUGACAUCACCCGCCUUGGCAGAGCAGCCGGUGAUGCUAAAGGUUUCAGCUACAGUUAUGAAACCAACGGAACAAUCGGUCGAACACUCCUCCCACCGAUCGGAAGAGGUAUCGGAAAGCACCAACUUUGUAGAGUAUUCGACCGAACAAUCGUCGGAAAAGUGGGACGAUAGUAGUAGUGGCUCGAGUAGUGAAGCGACUACCUACACUACUUCGGAGGAAACAUUAUCGGAAGCUUCGACGGAGCUUUUAAUGAACAAACUGAACGAAAUAGUACAACAGCCACUGACAGUAGAACCGGCAACGAUGAAUGUAUCAGAUAGUACUACCCCCGACUCCACGGUUAGUGCAAAUCGUGUAGUAACAUCGGAAGCUACGGAGCCUACCUUAAAAGAUACAGUAACGGAGGAGGAUGAUCGUGAGUCUUUGGCGGAUUUGGACACAAGCGAUGAUGAGUAUAAUUCCACCGACGAAGAGCUUGCAACUACCAGUGGAUUUAUCACGUGGUUUACGGAUCCUAUUAGCUCGCCGUCAAAGCAACAGAUCGAUGCAAUUUUCAAGGAAACGAACGCGGCAUUCGACGAUGAAUCGAAAUCUGCGAUCACGGGAAGCACAUUGGUAGAUGAUACCCUUCCUACCACCACCGUCACCUCAGUCGAGAUGGAUAGCUCAACGGCACAAGAUUCUGCCAGCGACGAACAGUCUGAUGAGGUGCAGCUCACUUCUUUGAAUUUGGACAACGAAGAAACAACAACAGCAGCAGCAGCAACAGCAGCCGAAACAUCAGAUGACGAUGACGAUGAUGAUUCCUACUUCUUCCAAACCGAAUCGGAGCAAAGCGUGCUGCAAGACACCUCCACCAUACCAUCCGAUGCGCAGCACGCUAUACAUAAGAUUAUCGAGUCGCUCCAAUCGAUUAACGAUGAUUCGGCGAGUCAUGAGACGGAGGAAGCGGACUCACAGGAAGCUCCCUACACGGAGGACAUUCCCGGAAUGAGCUACGACACGGAUGCGCAGAGUUCGAUCAACGCCAUUAUUCAAUCGCUCGGCCAAGGUGCGCUCGGUGGUAGCGAGAGUGGCAUCUUUUCCAUUGCCACCACUACCGAUAUGAUCACCACCUCGGGAGAGGUCGAAUCGACGACAAUGGUUAGUGAAGCUCCUGUCAAAAACAACUCUCCCACCAAAACAUCCAUUUCUACCACGGAAAAGAUUUCGUUACCGAGCUCUACACCCUUGAGCAGUUCGUCGGUACCCGAUGUGGCGAAAACACCUAAGCCUGAUGUGGUAGCCUCCACUGAAACGGAACCUGAAACGGGAAGCUUCAACUACAACACCAACAUAAUGGACACGAUCGAGAAGUUUUUGAGCAGCUUUGCAAGCCUGCCGAAGGAAAGCAGCUAUGCGGCGAACCUUACCGAGAUGAACAUACUUAGCGACUAUCCUGCCGAAAUCAACAUGACUGACUACGUCGAUCGUACGGCAACGGUAGCGUCGGUAUUGAAAUUCCCCCACACCGCUAGCCAGGAAGUGGCCGCUGACCGAACGGAAGAUGAAGCUGACAAGAGGGAAGAUGAGUCCUCGUUGGAAGAUGCACCGGCAACCAUCGAGCCGGAAAUGAUCCUGCCCGAUCAACCCAUCCUAAGCGAAACGGUCGCUUCCUUUAUGAAGCUGGGCGAAAUGCUAACCAUGGGCACACGGGUAAGCUCUACGGAAGAGAACCCAACGCCCGUACAACAGCUGGAAGUGAAGGCAGCGAUCGACGAGGAGGAAACGGAGCUGUUGCGCUUCCUCUCCAUCUGCAGUACGCUCGGUACGACCGUGUACAACUACCUGCUAACGGACGACCCAACAACCAACGAGGGGCGAUCGAUGAUGGCUGGACAAAGUUUGGUGUAUUCUCCAUUUGCCACGCUAACUACGCUCUCGAUGCUAUUCCUUGGAACACGCGGCACCACAGCAGAACGCAUCAACGGUGUAAUUGGGCUGGACGAGAUGACUUCCUUUAAUCCGCAUCUGUUCUUCAAAUCGGUCGCCGAAGAUUUGAAGCCAAAAUACAGGCGCACGACUGCACGCGCGGUUGACCAGGAAGGAUCGAGCUUCUCCCGGACGUUGCUAAGCGACGAGUCGCGCGGAGGGUUGCAGCGAUUCUUCAAAGCACGUGUACAGGAAAUUUACUCCGCAGUGGCAGAAACGGUUGAUUUCCGGCAGAAGGAUAUGCUGCUCCGGCACAUGAGUGGAGAUUUUCCGCGAGAAGAUGUGGACACGCUGAAACAGCUGCGCUCACCGUUGGUGUCCAUCAGCAGGAAUCGCUAUCGCCAUGAAUGUAACAGUGCCGCUACGACCUUCGGUACGAUGCAGUUCGCACGAUCCGGUGGUAGCCAAAGCCCUGAAUCAUCCUCCGUUGCACUGCCAAGCGUAUCAUUCCGCUCCGGCUUUUCGACCGGUUUUUCCAAGGCUCUCGAUGCAACCAUUCUUGCCCUGCCCGGCUCCACCAGCAACGUGUCGGUGUUUUUCCUUAAACCUUCCCCCGACUCGGAUGUAUCCACUCUCGAGACACACCUCCGGAACCAGAGCAUAUCGAGCGUGCUGAAGCUGUUCCCCGACGAAACGGUACGAAGCGCUUACACCGAGGUACAGCUGCCCUACUUCACACAAACCACCAUCUACAACAUGACCCAAAGCAUUCGACGGCUGGGCCUGCAGAAUCUGUUCGAGCCGAAUGUGGCCAACUUUAACGGGCUGCAAGAUUCGUCCACCUCCAACCUCUAUCUGUCGGAAAUCUUGCAGACGGAUUCGUUUGCCAUGUGCGGUGGUGGUGAGCUGGGAGCAGCGAGAAAUUUGCCGUUCCGUAGUUUCUCCACCAAUCUGGUCAAGCACAGUGUGCUAACGACGGAUUUGGCUGAUGGUAACAGCAGCAGUAGUAAACUGAUGCGUCGCAAUCGUCGAAAGCUUGCAUAUCGAAACCGUUCCACUUUCGAUGCGCAACAGGGACAGGAUAGCAAGCUGGUGUUUGAUACACCGUUUCUGUACUUGGUAAGACACAAUCCGACGGGAAUGGUCCUUUACAUGGGACGUUUUGUAGGUUAAUAUGUUUAAUAAUAAUUAAAUAAUAAAAUACAU